UGCCCCGGGGAGCUGCGGGCCCAUGGCGACUUCCUGCCCCCUGGAGCUGAGGAGCCUCGGGAAGGGCCCCGGGGCCAGCCGGGGAGCGGCGCCGCAAGGAGCCGGGGGCUGCUCAGCACCGCGGACAGCUCGCAGCGCCGGCCUGGACAACGCCUCCUACCAGGCGCCGGAGGAAGGGGAAACCUGGUUCCGGAGCGGCGAGGAGGCGGGGAGCGGCCCCAAGGGAGGCGCCGCCCGGCCCAGGGCGCAGCGCGGAGACCUCUCGCCCCGGUUGGAGGAUGGGCCCCUGCCACAGCCCGCUGGCCACUCCGUGGACUAUGGGUUCAUUUCGGCCUUGAUCUUCCUCGUGAGCGGGAUCGUGCUGGUGGUGAUCGCCUACACCAUCCCCCGCCAGCCCCGGGUGGACCCCGCCGCAGUGACGGCCCGGGAGAUGGAGAGGCUGGAGAUGUACUACGCGCGCCUGGGCUCCCACUUGGACAAGUGCAUCAUCGCAGGGCUGGGCCUGCUCACCUUGGGGGGCAUGCUGCUCUCCGUGCUGCUGCUGGUCUCCAUCUACAAAGGGGAGCUGUACCGGAGACGGACCUUCCCGGGCUCCAGGGGGCCAAGGAAAACCUACGGAUCUAUAAAUCUGAGACUGAGACAACUCAGUGGCGAUGGGGGACAAUCCCUGGUAGAGAAUGAAGUCGUCCAGGUGACAGAGUCGACAACUGUCAGCCAGGGUUCUUAGACCCCUCACUCCUGCUGUUUCAGCUUGGGCCUUCACUCUUCCUCUUUAGGUGAACAAACUGAUAAAAGGGGUUUUUUAACUGUUCACCAUGGAGGUUUUACAUUAACUCCAUACCUCAGAGCAGAGGAGGACUACUGGACUUUCACCCGUUGCAAGAAAAUAUCUGGGAGC